AAGGUAAGCUCUGCAGCUUCUGCAGUGCUUUUGCGGGGCGCUCACGCCUAAUUACAGCCGCCCAGAGGGUAGUGUGUUGACGGCCAGGGAGUUCCAGUGGACAUUGUGGCAACGUCCAGAAAGCUCUCGUUAGACAGGUCGCAUUGACUCCUCUCCCGCGACCCUGCCGUGUACAUUACACACGCUCUCAACCAACCACAGACGCGGCAUGUCAGACAGCAGCAGCAGUGGAAAAGUCGAAAGAGGAGGCAAAGAAAGCUUCCCCUUAGAAAUUGUGCGCGAUAAGGCAGUAUCGACACCUCUUUAAUACUGCAUCAAGUGCGAUGCUUUCGGGACCUUAUCCUCCACUGUCACCAAGUACGCCCUUUCGGUCUGACUCUGCUUUCGAGUGUCGUGUAGGGACGGCGACACCCUGAAGUCAGGCGUCCAACGCCGCCUUAUCGCAAGCCGCGUAGCCUCGAUCUCCAUUUAUGGGCUGGCAGAGCACAUUAGUGCCCACUCAACACUUCUCGAUUGUGCGUUUAUUUCCAGUUCCUAGCAUGUGACAGACGAGCUUGCAACAGGCAGCAGGCUUCACCCGUAAUCGCCCGUAACUCGAGUGUACACAGUCCUGCAGAUGAUAAACAAGUCGUAAGGAAAGAAUGAGCGCAGUAUAGGCUUCCGAAAGUUAUCUAAUCGUGCACAUCCUCAGGCAGUGACGCAACAACCCGCUCUGCCUCGCGAAGAAUAUCUCGCACCGCUUCUAGUCCGCGUUGCUCAAACGACUGCGUAGCGCGCGCGAGAUGAGGGUCGCCGUGGUAGGCGCCGGCUGCUGCGGCAUCACGGCCGUCAAGGCAUGCCUCGAAGAAGGGCUGGACGUGGUGUGCUUCGAGAAGGCCUCCGACUGCGGCGGGCUGUGGUGGUACCGGGACGAGACGCCCGAGUCCGGCACCGGUACCGUGAUGCGCUUCACCGUGGCCAACACGAGCAAGGAGAUGUCGUGCUACAGCGACUUCCCGCCGGACAAGGACGCGCCAGUGUUCAUGCCCCACUGGCAGACCCUCAGGUACAUCCGCAGCUACGCAGACCACUUCGGAGUGACCCCGAAGAUUCGAUUCAAUCACGACGUGCUCAGGCUCGACAGAGACGGGACCCUCGAGAUCCGAGACUCGAAGACCGGUCGCGAGUGGGAGGACGUCUUCGACGGCGUCCUGGUCUGCACGGGGCACCACGGAUCGCCUUCGGUCCCGGACAUUCCUGGCCGGGAGCUCUUUCGAGGACGUGUGAUGCACUCGCGCGAGUACAAGUACGCCGACGACACGUUUAAGGAUAAGACCGUGGUCGUCGUGGGAUUCGCGAACUCUGCUCUGGACGUCGCUGUGAACCUGAGCAGCGUAGCGAGACAGGUGUUCGUGAGCACGAGACGAAUCAACUGGGUCCUGCCAUGCCACUACAAGUCCGUCCCCAUAGACGCGUACUUGUACAACCAAACUCGACUCUGGCUGUUCAGCUGGCUUCCCCUAUCCUGGUAUGGCUGCUUCGUAGCAAGAGUGGUCAACGACGCAUGGGACCACAAGGCCCUCGGCGUCCAACCCAGUCACGACACGCUGAGCCAGGCCCUGGUCAUCAACCAGUACAUCGACGGCAAACUCCUGGACGGCACGGUGAAAAUUCGUGGACCACCGCAAAGAUUCACCGAAAACGGGCUCGUCAUGAACUACGUCGAAGAAGACGUGGAUGCCGUCGUUUUCGCCACGGGCUUUACGACCGGUUUGCCCUUCCCGACCGACGCCCUCUCAAGAGACGGAGAACGACUUCUGCUUUACAAGAUGAUGAUUCCACCGGCGAACCCCAACGUCGCGUUUCUGGGCUUCGUCGACGGCAACGCCAACCUCCUGCAGGCGUUCGAAAUGCAGGCUCGCUACAUGGCACGAGUUUUCUCAGGUAAAGUCAAGCUGCCUUCCAGGGAGGCCAUGGAAGCCGACGUGGCAGCCACGCAACAGAAGAUGAAGUCAUUCUACGUCCCAACGUCCAGACACUCCUUGAUGAUAGACAAGAUUGCCUACGUCGAAGAACUCGCCAAAAUCAUCGGCGUUAAGCCCAACUACUUCAAGCUGCUCCUCACGGACCCGAAGGUGUACUACGCCCUCGUGACGUCUCCUGUCCUCAACUACCAGUACAGGCUGGAAGGACCGCACUCCUGGAAAGGAGCUCGCGACGCAAUCCUGGGAUUCCAGGACAGGAUGCGAGCUCCGCUGAGGCGCAGAAACGGCGAAAACGGCCGUCCGGCCUCGGCGAAGAACUGCGUUACCGUGGGGAAGCUGUGCACAUUACUCGUUGCCGUUGGAGUCUCAGUCUACCUGAUUAGCGGUUCGCUGAGGAGUGUGCAGCAAAACGCUUCUCUCGCAUGUGAAAUGGCAGCGAAGCGUUUGCCCCUAUUUGCUGCUACCCCUCUGCUCUACAUAGCGAAUCGGUUGUCACCUACAUAGUGUAAGCGUUUCUUUUUUUUUAUCUUGUCUUCGGAUGUCACCUACAUAGUGUAAGCGUCUCUUUGUUUUUCAUCUUGUCUUUCACAGAACAAGGCGCCGCUCGUUGGUGUUUGUACAUCAGCUGCAAGUUUGUGUACACCUAUUCGGCAUAGGAAGUGCGUACGGAUUGUCUUCGCUGAACCAAGAAUACCCACUGCAACGUAUGUAACUGCAAGAGUGUAUAGUCUAGAAACUGUACUGUACAGCUUUCUUCGAGAUCUCUGCGGGCCCCUUCUCGCACGCGUAUGCUUACGGUGACACUUCGCUAUAACACUCGUAUGGUUGACAGCCUCAAUGAAACAAUGUCCAUUAUUUGUAUAUUGUCUUGCGAGACCUGAAAAAUAAAUAGGUUGACCGAUUCA